AAAAGAGCAUAUAUUCACAAUAUCUAUCUGCUACUAAACAACCGAAGCACGAUACCCGUUUUGAAUAUUUGAAAUUUAGAUUUGGUAAAGUUCACCGACUCACACUACUCCGAAUGAAAGUCUCCUCCUUGGCCACUUUGGCGUGUGCUGCUGCGGGAGCAAAUGCCGCUAUUCUUCCCAACUUUGUUGGUGGGACGAAAUUCGAAGAGACCCAGCAAGUUCUCAUCAAUAACUGGGUUCAUGUUUCUUCGCAAUAUUCGCAAAUUGUUGAGGCCUUAGACCUGAAAAAGGGUGAUGUUCUUGCUAAGCUCACUCAAUAUUUCAGUGAGCCAUUUGGAGAAAUUCCCCCUGAUGCUGUGAAAGUGUGGCAAGACAUGUUUUUGGAGUUUCCAAAACAGAUCGCUCAGAUGAGCUUCAAGACUCCCCCCAAAAAGGCGACCAAGAACAUUUCUGCUUUCGACUUCCAUGUGUCUGACACGAAGUUUCCCAAUCACCAGUUGAGAGUCAAAUCGACUCCAGAAGAAUUGGGGAUUGACACUGUCAAACAGUACACAGGUUAUUUAGAUGUGGAAGAUGAAGAUAAACAUUUCUUCUACUGGUUCUUUGAAUCCAGAAAUGACCCGAAAAAUGACCCUAUCAUUUUAUGGUUAAACGGUGGACCAGGAUGCUCCUCUUUGACUGGCUUGUUCUUCGAAUUGGGCCCUUCAUCCAUCACCGCUAAGUUGAAGCCUGAGUUUAAUCCUUACUCGUGGAAUAACAAUGCCUCCGUGAUUUUCUUGGACCAGCCUGUCAACGUUGGUUUCUCCUACUCUUCGCAAUCCGUCACCAAUACCGUUGCAGCCGGUAAGGACGUGUAUGCCUUUUUGGAAUUGUUUUUCAAGCAAUUUCCAGAGUACCAGAAACUUGAUUUUCAUAUUGCUGGUGAAUCCUACGGUGGUCACUACAUUCCAGUAUUUUCAUCUGAGAUAUUGAGCCACCCCGAGCGUUCUUUCAACUUUAAGUCAGUUUUAAUUGGUAACGGAUUGACUGACCCAUUGACCCAAUAUGAAUACUACCAGCCAAUGGCAUGUGGGGAAGGUGGAGAGCCUUCUGUUUUGUCCCCGGAGGAGUGUGACAACAUGGCUGCUUCUAUUCCCAGAUGCACAUCCUUGAUUGAGAGUUGUUACAACUCAGGAUCCGUCUGGUCGUGUGUUCCAGCAAGCAUUUACUGUAACAAUGCACAAAUGGGCCCUUACCAGAAAACUGGAAGAAAUGUUUACGAUAUCAGAACCGAGUGCAAGGGUUCUAGCUUGUGCUACGAAGAAUUGCAGUACAUUGAUGACUACUUGAACUUACCCGAGGUUCGUCAGAUGUUGGGUGUUGAGGUCGAAGCAUACCAAGGAUGUAACUUUGACGUCAACAGAAACUUUUUGUUUGCAGGUGACUGGAUGAGGCCCUAUCACAAAAAUGUUGUCGACAUGUUGGAGGCAGACUUACCUGUGCUUAUAUAUGCAGGCGACAAGGAUUUUAUCUGCAACUGGUUGGGUAACCAAGCUUGGGUUGACAAGUUACCAUGGUCCGAACAAGAGAAGUUCGAAGCACAACCAAUUAGAGAUUGGGUCGUCGAAGAGAAGGCUGCUGGAGAAGUGAAAAAUUACAAACAUUUCACCUUCUUGCGCGUUUUUGGCGCAGGACAUAUGGUUCCAUUCGACCAACCAGAGAACUCUUUGGACAUGGUAAACAGAUGGAUCUCUGGAGACUUCGUUUUUUAAAUUAGGAGCCUUUUUGGCAAGUUGAAAUUAGAUUCAUACGAAAAAUAUUACCCAAUGAAACGUAUAAUCUCUAGUUUAAUAAUACUCAUCGGGUUAGUUUGCAAGGAUAGUGUUAUUCUGGAACAGUCAUAAAGAAUCCCGCC